UAAGUAUUGUGGUUUUGCUUUCUGUGACGGUAUUGAUCUUCUGUUUUAUCUAUUUUUUUUUUCCCCUUUCUGUUAAUUGUCUUAUCUCCUGUGAUCACAGCUUUUGAUUUUUAUUUUCUCUUUCGAUUUGCUUGUUUUGAUACUGAUGUUGAUCGUAGUGGACUGUUUGGUUCCCGGAAAUUCAGGUAGUAGAGGCAAAAAGAGCGAAAAUAAGAUUAGGAAUUCUGUUUUUUUUUUUUCCCUCGUGUUGAAGUAAUUAAACCAAUUAAAGGUGAAGCUUUUGCUGGUGAAUUCAUUUUGGGUUUUUAGUUUGGAAGAAUGACAAGGGUGGCCCGUGAUUUUCGAGACACUAUGCAAAGAGAUGCUGUCCCAGCUGUAUCAGCCGAUGUGGCAUUCGCUUCAAGUAGGUUUCCAAACUACAAAAUUGGGGCAAACAAUCAAAUUGUCGAUGCCAAGGAUGACCCCAAAAUACUGUCCAUGAAGGAGGUUGUUGCACGUGAGACUGCACAGCUGCUAGAUCAACAGAACCGUCUCUCAGUUCGCGAUCUUGCCAGUAAAUUUGAGAAGGGGUUGGCUGCUGCUGCUAAGUUAUCUGAAGAGGCUAGACUCAGAGAGGCAGCUUCACUUGAGAAACAUGUUCUUUUGAAGAAGCUCAGAGAUGCCUUGGAAUCUUUAAAAGGACGUGUUGCUGGCAGAAAUAAAGAUGAUGUGGAGGAGGCAAUUGCAAUGGUUCAAGCUUUAGCGAUUCAAUUGACAGAGAGGGAUGGGGAGUUGAUCCAAGAGAAAGCUGAAGUGAAGAAAGUUGCAAUUUUUCUUAAGCAGGCUUCAGAAGAUGCAAAGAAGCUUGUUGAUGAGGAAAGAGCUUUUGCUCGUGCUGAGAUUGAGAGUGCCAGGGCAGCAGUUCAAAGAGUUGAAGAUGCCCUUCAGGAACAUGAACAGAUUUCUAGGGCUUCGGGGAAGCAGGAUGUUGAAGAAUUAAUGAAAGAGGUUCAAGAAGCAAGAAGGAUCAAAAUGCUGCAUCAGCCUAGCAAGGUCAUGGACAUGGAGCACGAGCUUCGAGCAUUGAGAGCCCAACUGGCAGAGAAAUCUAAGCGUUCUCUUCAGCUUCAGAGAGAGCUGUCAAUGAGCAAGAGGGGUGUGGACAGCAUGUCCCAGUCAUAUGAACUCGAUGGUUCUGAAGUGUUAGGCUCGUGUUUUCGGAUUAAACCGUCCUCUGGUAAUACUACAGAACUUUCUAGAUGUUCAAUUCAAUGGUACCGUAUAUCAUCUGAAGGCGGCAAAAAGGAACUUAUAUCAGGAGCUACGAAACCACUUUAUGCUCCAGAGCCGUUUGAUGUGGGGCGAAUCCUGCAAGUUGAAAUUAUUUCUGAUGGCCAACAAGUCACAUUGACAACCUGUGGUCCCCUUGAUCCGGCUGCUGGUUUGGGAAGCUAUGUUGAGGCACUUGUGCGGAGACACGAUGUGGAAUUCAAUGUAGUUGUUACUCAGAUGAAUGGUGCGGAUCAUCCAUCAGAAUCUAUUCACAAGUUUCAUGUGGGAAGAAUGAGGAUUAAGCUUUGUAAAGGAAAAACGACAAUUGCCAAAGAGUACUAUUCCUCUUCAAUGCUGCUGUGCGGGGUAAGAGGUGGUGGAAAUGCUGCGGCACAGGCGGUGUUCUGGCAGGCAAAGAAUGGGCUUUCUUUUGUGUUAGCAUUUGAAACAGAGAGAGAAAGGAAUGCAGCCAUUAUGCUUGCCAGAAGAUUUGCUUUCGACUGUAAUAUCAUGCUUGCCGGCCCAGAUGACAGAUCUCCUUUAGGAGCCUAGAUUUUGAUGGUAUUUCUUUUGACCCAUUGUAAUUGUUUUCAAAAUUUUUAUUUUACCAUGUAUUAUAAGUUGGUAAUUCUAGGGUUGAUACGAAAUGAUUGUGUUGUGAGCUUCCGCCAUUCUUUUUCUUCUAUCGGUUCUUCUCCAACCCAAAGGCAUUGUUUUUCAUUUGCCUUUCUGUUCGAGUGUGUAACCCGCUCUCACUUCCUAGAGGAUUGUUUGCUGAGUUGAUGAAAUGUGAUUGAAGGAUUGGAAUGAUUCUGUGUAAGGAUUAUGUUUAUAGGCAUCAGGAUGAGAUUUGUGUAAGAAAAUGUUGUUACUGUGAUGGUAUUUUUCCUAUAGCAUAUAUUUAAAUGAAAAACAAGAUAUUCAACUAUCA